UUGGUCUCCUGAGGAAUUUUCUCCCCGGCAGGAGGGUUCCACUCGGGCCUCACGAAGCUCCUCUUUCCCCUCCUCCCCAGAGGGGAGCCCUAGUGAGGAGUGCUGGGAGGGGCUGCUGAGGUGGGACCUCCCUGUGCCCCAGCUGGUUCACUGAAUACUGCUCAGUUCGACAUUUUCUAGCGUUACAUGUUGACUGUUUUUGUUGUGAGCUGGAGUCGCGCUCGGUUGCCCAGGCUGGAGUGCAGUGGGGUGAUCUCAGCUAACAGCAACCUCCGCCUCCUGGGUUCAAGCCAUUCUCCUGCCUCAGCCUCCCGAGUGGCUGGGAUGGCGGGUGUGCGCCACUAUGCCAAGCUAAUUUUGUAUUUUUUUUUUUUUGAGAUGGAGUUUCACUUUGUCACUCAGGCUGCAGUGCCAUGGCUCGAUCUCGGCUCACUGCAACCUCCACCUCCUGAAUUCCAGUGAUUCUCUUGCCUCAGCCUCUAGAGUAGCUGGGACAACAGGCGCAUGCCACCGUGCCCGGCUAAUUUUUUUUUUUUUUCAGUAGAGAUGGGGUUUCACUGUGUUAGCCAGGACGGUCUCGAUCUCCUGACCUGGUGAUCCGUCCGCCUUGACCUACCAAAAUGCUGGGAUUUACAGAUGUGAGUCAUGGCGUCCGGCCAUUUUUAGUAGAGACGGGGUUCGCCAUGUUGGCCAGGAUGGUCUCGAACUCCUGACCUCAGGUGAUCGGCCCACCUUGGCCUCCCAAAAUGCUGGGAUUCAAGGCGUGAGCCGGCGCGCCGGGCCUACGUGCUUAUUGUUUAAAAAUUGGGAAAGUAUAGAGAAGAGAGUAGCGCCUCCCCACCCCAGAGAUAAACGAUGCGAGUCUUUGGUCUGUUUCCUGCCCGGCUUUUUCCUGCACACACGUUUGGCGCCUUAAGUCGGGCUCUCCCGGACGGGAGCGGCCCCUCCCAGGCGCUGGUGUCUACGCCGCCCCCGGAGCCUUGUCCCUGCUCCAGGGGGUCCCUGGGUCUCCAGGGCACAUCGCUGCUCCUCUGCUCGCUCAGGCCGACAGAGAUCGGGCCGCCAGGGCAGCUCAGAGACGCGGGGACAGGCGACAGCAGCACAGAGCGGCCUCUCCCGGGGCCGGCCCAAGUGGGGGGUCUCGGUGCCCGUGAGGCUGCAGGGGUCGCUCCGGGCCCGGUGCCUCUGGCGUCCCGUCCGGGUCCCAGCUGGGGCGGGGCGCGCCCAGCGUUUCCGGGAGGAGGUGCGGCGAGAGGCAGGUGCGGCAGCGCAGCUCACAGCACCUGAAGGCCAGGCUGAGGCCCCCUGUUCCCAUGGCCAGCCUGGGAAAGCCUGGGGCUGAUGAGGUCCAGGAGGAGGAGGGGGAACUGGAGGGAGGCCGUGCAGAGCCCCGGGCUGCCAUGCUGGAGCAGGCCCAGGAGCUGUUUCUGCUAUGUGACAAGGAGGCCAAGGGCUUCAUCACCAGGCACGACCUGCAGGGUCUCCAGAGUGACCUCCCCCUCACGCCUGAGCAGCUGGAGGCCGUGUUUGAAAGUCUGGACCAGGCUCACACUGGCUUCCUCACCCCCCGGGAGUUCUGCCUGGGCCUGGGGAUGUUUGUGGGGGUGCAGUCGACCCAGGGAGAACCCCCCGGCAGGAGUCCCGAGGAGACCUUUGAGUCGGGCUGGUUGGACGAGCAGGGCACGGGGGGCUCUCUGGACGAGGAGGAGGAGGAGGAGGAAGAGGAGGAGCGAUUCCACACUGCGCUGGAGCAGCUGGGGGUGGCCCCCGUCCUGGGCGAGCAGCGGGCUGUGAGGUCGCUCUGGGCCCAGCUGCAACGCGAGCGCCCGGAGCUGCUGAGCUCUUUCGAGGACGUUCUGAUACGCGCGUCGGCCUGCCUGGAGGAGGCGGCCCGGGAGCGCGACGGCCUGGAGCAGGCGCUGCGGAGGCGCGAAAGCGAGCACGAGCGGGAGGUGCGCGCUCUGUACGAGGAGAUGGAGCAGCUUCGCGAGCAAAGCCGGCGCCCGCCAAGUCAGAACUUCGCCCGCGGGGAGCGGAGAAGCCGCCUGGAGCUGGAGCUGCAGGGUCGCGAGCAGGACCUGGAACGCGCGGACCUGCGGCAGCGGGAGCUGGAGCAGCAGCUGCGGGUCCGGGCUGCGGAGCACCUGGAGGCGCAGGCCCAGAACUCCCAGCUGUGGCGGGCGCACGAGGCGAUGCGAGCGCAGCUGGAAGGAGCGCAGGAACAGAUCCGCAGGCUGGAGGACGAAGCGCGAGGCCGCCAGGAGCAAACCCAACGAGACGUGGUCGCCGUCUCCAGGAACAUGCAGAAAGAGAAAGUCAGCCUGCUACGGCAACUGGAGUUGCUCAGGGAGCUGAACACGCGGCUUCGAGACGACAGGGACGCCUUCGAGGCCAGGCGGGCGGGCAGCAGCCGCAGGAAGGCUCUGACCACGGCCCGCCUGCCUGGGCCCACCUGCUGCUGUUGUUGCUGUUGCUGGACUCGGCCCCCGAGACGAGGCUCUGGCCACCUUCCCAGUGCUCGGUGACCAGCCCUGAGUGACUGACGGAGCGUCAGCUGGAAGCUGCGCUGGCAGGAGACUUGUCAUGGGUGGGGGGAUGCCUGCUCAGGAUGCGGGCUCUCCCCAGGGGGCCCCAGGCCUGCCUGACCGAAGACAUGAAGAACUAGCCUGGAGUGGUCAGGGGCCUCCAGUGGUCAGGGUCCCGUGUGCCCUCUGCCAGUCUUCAUUCUGUCCCCAUUCAGUCAACCCCAUCUCAGUUCAGCAGAAAACCCCCGAUCAAAUAAACCCACUGCCUGCACUGCA